CCCGGGGAAGGGCGCCACCAAGCCAUGGCAGUACCUUGCGCACGACAUGAAUUAAAAGGAAUUGUUCAUCUUUUUGACCCCGAAAUUAAUCUGGUAUCGCAAGAAUAACACAAAAUACGACCAACGUCGUGGUUGUGUGUGGACGUCUCUAUUCUACCUUCAAAUGCUCUUGUGAAAAAAAGGCGUGCGUGUUCCCAGGAAUUAGGCCUAGGCUAUAGCCUAUGGUUCAUUCAACAGUUCAAGGCCAAGGCCCAAGCGCGUUAGCGGUAACCAUAGUAACUGACGUUAGAAUAGGCCUAGCACUACAGCGAUGUCAGCUAAAAGUGUUCCGGAGGCUUCAGAUAUUUCAGACAAGUCAGAUGAUGAUAGACACGGGACCUUACCUAAGUCAGAUCAUGGCACCGAGAAUAUGUGUGAUUGUACCAGUUAUGCUACAACUGAACUUAAUGAAGAUUUUGACAGAGACACACAUGUCGUACAAAGACUGCUGCUUCUUUCGAAUAAGAUCAAGAACCACAACAUUGUUGGCAGCUCACUCCUCUCAAAUGUGAAGUUCAUACAGUACAAAUAUGAGAGUGGUGCAUGUGAUGCUAUUUUUAAUCAAGUAACACAAGCAUUGAAUGGGGCAAAAGUUGAAAGUAUUGCCUGUAUCUUCCAUACCAAACCAGGAAACAUAUUGCUGUGUACAAAUGGAGAAAACAGAGAGACGCUGACACCUGGUAACAUUGCAGAACAAAACUCUGUAGUGAUUUUCUUCAAAUCCCUCCUAAGUAUGUUCUGUAAAAGAGACUGUGAAUCAGUACGGUUUGAUCUGCUUGCCUGCAGUGCACUAAGACCAUCCGACAUAGGGCAUCUGGCACCGACAUUGGCAAAGUUAUUAGAGGUUCCUGUUGGUAUUUCUAAGGAAAUUCUUGGAACAGACAUCCCAUUGGAGGCAAGCUCUCAUGGGCCAUCAUAUCAAUGUGUUGGAGAAAUGUAUUUCAAGACAGACAAGCUGAAAAAUUGGAGUCCACAGCCACAAACCCUUGCAGGGUUUGAGCGCAUUCGCACAGUAGGAAAGGGAGCAUAUGGAGCAGCAGUCUUGUACAGGAAAAAAGACGAUGACUCCUUGGUUAUUCUGAAGGAGAUAAAUAUGCUGGAUCUAUCAGCUUCUGAACGCCAAAUGGCCCUUAAUGAGAUUCGUGUACUGAGCAUUUUCGACCACCCAAACAUCAUUAGCUACUAUGACAGUUUUGAAGAAGAUGGAACGCUUAUGAUAGAAAUGGAAUAUGCAGAUGGAGGAACAUUACAGCAGUACUUGAACAGUUUGCAAGGAAAGAGAGAAUUAGAAGAAAGAGAGAUCCUCAUCAUGUUUCAGCAAAUGGUUGCAGGUGUGAAGCACAUCCAUGACCACAAUAUUCUUCACAGAGAUUUGAAAACUGCAAAUGUCUUUUUAACCAAGGAAGGCACGGUCAAGAUUGGGGAUUUUGGAAUAUCAAAAGUCAUGUCCUCGAAUAAUCGCGGUGCUAGCACAGUGCUUGGAACGCCUUACUACAUUUCACCAGAGAUCUGUGAAGGCAAGCCAUACAAUGAAAAAUCGGAUAUCUGGGCUCUGGGAUGUAUUCUGUACGAAAUGGCAUGUUUGCAGAAAACAUUUGAGGGAACAAAUUUGCCUGCAUUAGUCAACAAGAUUAUGAAGGGUCAGUUUACUCCUGUGAAGGGAAAUUACAGCAUUGAAUUCAAAACACUUGUGCAAGACUUGCUGCAGAGGGAACCAGAGUAUCGCCCAUCAGCUAAUGAACUGGUAGUAGCACGACUUCCUGUCAUGAUGAGCAAAUAUGAAGAAAGUGUAACAGAUGUUGAAGAUGAUCAGCAAGCCUCAGAAAGUAAUACAAGUAAAAGGCAGAGAUCAAGGUCAGUGUUGUACCGUUUUAGCAUUUGCAACUUUGAUGUCAUUCCAGUGGACCUACCAGCCAAAAUCAAGAUCAUGCAGGUUGCAGUCAGCCAAACACACAUUGUUGUAGUGACAUUUGAGAGUGAUGUCUACUCAUGGGGAGAAGGUAACAAAGGUCAGCUGGGACAUGGUGAUCUUCUUAUGAGAACUUAUCCUGAGGUGAUUCAUUCCCUGAGAGGAAAGUCGAUAAUAAGGGCUUGCUGUGGAGAAUCUUACAGUGUGUUUGGAAGUGACAAUGGUAUUGUCAUGACUUGUGGAGAUGGUAGUAAAGGAUGUCUUGGCCAUGGUGACUGGAGCAGUGCGUCGAGACCACGUCUUAUUGAAGCACUGCUCAGUGUUGACGUGUCGGCAAUAUCCAGUGGACCUUGUCAUGUGGUUGCAGUUGGAGCUGAUGGUGAAGUCUUUGCAUGGGGUGUUGGUAAAGAUGGAAGACUUGGACUUGGUGAUGAAGAAGACCAUUGUGAACCAAAAGAACUGAAUAUGGGACAGAUUUAUGUACGUGACGUAAAAUGCGGCAUUGAUGGCACUAUGUUUCUGACAGACAUGGGCUGUUUGUUGGCAUGCGGCAGUAAUGAGGACAAUAAGCUGGCACUCAACAAUAGACAAGGUUUUCUUAUGGCAAUGAAGAACAUCUUCACAAAGACAGAAGUAGAGGGCAGAAAAGUUCCUACCAAAAUCAAACCACUUGCUUCCUUCAGAGUUGUAGACAUGAUAUUGGGUCCUCACCAUAGUGCUGUUCUUGUAGAACCUGGAGUGCUUUUCACAUUUGGUAGAAACACCCAUGGGCAACUUGGCUUGGGUCAUACAAAACCUCGUGAGGCACCUAUGCAAGUUAGAGAGAUGUCAGACGAAAAUGUAUUGACAGUUGCAUGUGGUGAUACUUACACAGUAGCUGGCACAUCCAAGAAUGCCCUUUUCAUGUGGGGAAGAGGAUGUCGUCCAGCACCACAUUCAAAUGAAGGAAUUGACAAAGAGUUUAAGAACUGUGACAAGGAUCGUUGUUCAGUCACAGGCCUGGCUCUUCCCUCUGAUAAGUCAAAUGGUGAAACUUUGUCAAUAAAUGAUCAAAUUCCAAGAAGUGCACCCCCUUGCGUUGGCCAAGCAGUUGGCAAUGACAGCGUUUUUACAUUUGAAGAGCAGUCUGUACUCCCUCAACACUCUUCUGAAGAAUCAUAUCAGUCAGGUAUCCAACAAAACAGGAAAAACAUCAACAGUGCAAGUAGUGCACUCAGUGUUGAAAGUCAAAGUAGCCAAGAUAAAAGACAUUUACUCUUGCAACCUCAGCCAAUUUUCAUGCUUGGCACAGACACAGAUGGUGCAAAUGAAUCAUACCAAGUGACGCUAAGUAAUGUACUUUGUCAAGGAGAACACAUGCUUGUCCAUGUUGAAACUACGUGCCCUCCUCCAAGAAGGAAAAGUAGGAAAAAACGGAGAACCAUCACCCGAAAGCUGAGUGGCCAGAGCCUCCAUGUUCCCAAGUCAUUGUCGCAUUCUGCAAAUAGUGGUGAUGGUGGUGAUGAGUAUACCAGUUCAGAAGCUUCAGAACUUGAUACACUUGGAUCGAUGCCAACAUGGAUAAAGAAAGAGUUGAACGAUUCUGCAGCUGUUACCAUUGAGAAUGAUGAUGAAGAAGAUGGAAGUGAUGUUGAUGUUACUACGGAUGAAACUGAAGAAAAGGACCUCACACUUGCAAGCAUAAAGAUUAACAAGGAUAUCAAUGUUCUCAAAGGAAUGAAACAAACUGAAAAGAAAGAAACAAAAGGAGAAGUCACUGCUGCAUUGGAUCAGAAGAAUAUUCAAAGUGUGAAAUCAGCCAGCUCACAGUCAUCAGAGAGUGGAAUUCAAGUGACAUCUGAUCAACAUUCAAGUGAUUCAAGCUUUUGUGAAGUGCAGCAAAGUAUACAAGGAGUUCAUACGGAUGUGAAGAAUGUAAAAAGGGUCGGCUUUGGAGCAACUAUACAAUUACUGCACAACGCAUUGUCUACCUCGGCUCCUGAGAGGUAA